CCGGGUGGAGCCGAGAUUCCUUCUUGUCCUGGGCUGGGUUCAGGCGGACUGGUUGGUGUUGUUCUUGCGGAUUCUUUCUCCGUUCUUGGCAAGUUCGCCGUCCUGCUCCUGUGCUACGGCGGCGGUGAGGAGAGGGCCGCCAAGAUUGCGCGGGGGCGAGGGGGGAGCAGCCGCCGGUGCCCGGCCUCGGAGCGGCCGCCCCAGCCCGUCUAUGGAAGUUGCCGCCCCGGCUCCACGCCACGGCCUGGAACCAAAUUGCCGAGCACGGCGCGGCUUGCCUGCCCUUCCGACGCUGCUGCUCACUCUGGUGCCCGUCUUCUGCUUCGUUCUUGCUCCGGAUCGGCCGAUUGCGGCGGGCCUGCUAUGACGGUGGUCAUGGGUCGGCGCCGGUGCGCUCACUGGAUGCUGCUGCUCUUCUGUUGCCUCCUCCUCACGUCCCCCUCACAUGGUCGUCGUCAUCAUCGACCCGCUGACGCGUUUGUCGGGGCAUACGGGAUAAACUACGGGAGAAUAGCGAAUAACCUCCCGUCCCCGGACAAGGUGGUUGAGCUCCUCAGGAAGUCCAAGAUAAGGAAUGUCAAGAUAUAUAAUGAAGAUCACACCGUGCUCGACGCGUUCAAAGGGACAGGGCUCAACCUGGUCAUUGCUGUCCACAAUGGGUUGCUGAAUGCUUUUGCUGCAAAUGAGAGUGUCGCGAUUGACUGGCUGAAUGAGAACGUGCAGCCUUACAUUUCUCAGACACGCAUCGUUGGAAUCACUGUGGGGAAUGAGGUGCUGGGAGGCGAUCCGAGCUUGGCCGCUCCGCUCGUUGGAGCUGUUAAGAAUAUGUACGAUGGUCUCAAGAAACUGCAUCUGGAUGACAAAAUUGAGCUUUUUACUCCUCACUCUGAAGCUGUUUUCGCUACUUCCUAUCCGCCCUCUGCAUGUGUUUUCAAGGAAGAUGUCAUGGUGUAUAUGAAACCGCUGCUGGAUUUGUUUUCACAGAUCGGCUCACCGUUCUAUGUCAAUGCAUAUCCCUUUUUGGCUUACUUAAGUGAUCCGGGGCAGAUUGACAUUAAUUAUGCUCUCUUUCAGCCCAACCCUGGAAUAGUUGAUCCGAAUACUAGUCUGCACUAUGACAACAUGUUUGAUGCUCAGAUAGAUGCAGCUUACGCUGCUCUGCAGGCUGCUGGUUAUAAUGACAUGGAAGUCCGGGUGGCAGAGACUGGCUGGGCUUCUAGUGGAGAUCAAAAUCAAGCAGGAGCAUCAGUUGCGAAUGCAAGGACUUACAAUUACAACCUCCGUAAGAGGCUCUUUUUGAGGAAGGGAACUCCUCUCAAGCCAAAGAUACCGGUCAAAGCAUACAUCUUUGCCUUGUUUAAUGAGAACUUGAAGAAUGGAGAUCCUACUGAGAAGCACUAUGGGCUCUUCAAUCCAGAUGGAAGGAUUUCAUAUGAUAUCGGUUACUCAGGUCUAUUACCUUCAUCAGCACCCGCAUCCUUGCUGUCAAUUAAGGAAAUGCGAGCUUGGGGUUGGAUUGCACACUAUUUGGCUGCGGUUAUCCUAUCUAUUUUCUUCUUUUAGCCUUAGAGACUCGAUUAUAGAAUAGCACAUCUGUUAAGGGUACAAAUCAUGAUCAGGAGUUAGAAUGCCUUGCUUGUACUGGGAAACUCGGAAUGGACAUCUGAAUAAUGGUUCCCUGCUCA